CUCAGGGCGAGGGAGCUAAACAGUUUCAGUUUUGUUCCAGCUCACUGCCAUGGGCUGUCAACCUUCAAAGGAUGAGGACUCGUCGGAUGCCUCUUCAAGCUCCACAGGUCUGUUGAACAUCAAUGAAGCUUCGGUGGAUGAGCUGAUGUCCCUGCCCGGCAUUGGUAGGAGGAGGGCGGAAAAGAUUGUGGCACACCGCGAGCGGCAGGGGCCUUUCCACUCGGCAGAAGAGUUGGCAGAAGUGCAGGGCAUUGGCCAAGGCCUAGCCGGUAAAGUGGCUGAACAUGUGACCUUCGAAGAUGACGACAAGCCAUACCAGUUCUUCGCCUGUCUUCCAGGUCCCUUCGCUUGCUGCCAGAGCACUGUUCGAUGUGUACAAGGCUCUUUCGGCUCGUGCUUUGGAAGUGGAACAGAGGAGGCCCUGUUCUUUCCGGAUGAUGAAGUCAAGACUGGCCUUUCGCGAUUGCUGGAGCUCCUACGAAGCGCGCGAAGGCAAUUGGACGUUGCUGUCUUUAGUAUCAGUCACAAAGAUCUGGCUGCUGCUUUGCUGGAUGCACACAGGCGUGGGGUGACAGUGCGAGUUCUGACCGACGAUAUGCAGGCGAAGCAGGACAACUCCUUGGUACCAACCUUGCGCCGAACGCUCCCGGUGCGGAUGGAUGACAAUGAAAAGAUGCACAUGCAUCACAAGUUUGUGGUUAUCGACGGCGCCACCUUGCUCUCUGGAUCCUUAAACUGGACCCAUGCAGCUGUCGAACGAGGCAAUGAGAAUUUGGUUGUUAGCCAGCAUCCGGCGCUUUGUGCGGAGUUUACGCAAGAGUUCAGGCGCUUGUGGCAGCUCUUCAGCGAGAAGAGUGGCCCGUCCACUGCACCUGUGGGCCGCUUUAGUGGGGAGGUUGCGGUGCUGUUUUUCCCAGAGCCAAGCAUGACCAAUGUUCAAAUGAUUCUUGAAGAGCUCGAGUCCGCACGGCGGAGCAUUGAGAUUGCCGUCUUUACCUUGACCUUGGACCUCUUAGUGAAUGCCUUGAUCAAGAAGCACGAAGCAGGUCUGCGAGUUCGGAUCAUCACGGACAAUCGCCAGGCAGAGGUGCCGGGUGCAGAUGCGGCGCGCUUGAGCAAAAGUGGGCUGGAGGUUCGGGUCGACAGGUCCUGGUAUGCCAUGCAUCACAAGUUUGCCGUGGUUGAUCAGAAGACGAUUGUGAAUGGAUCCUUCAAUUGGACAGCCCAGGCUACGAAGGGAAAUCAAGAGGACGCCAUCAUUUUUCGCAAUUAUUCAACCUUGGAUCUGCCCUCAGGUUGAACUUGGUUGAGUCGAUUGACGCAAACGAAACAAGGUUGUGAAUUUGGUUUUUCCUUUCACCAACCGCGAGAUUUUUCACAGCCAUUGUCAAGCCCAUUUGCUCCACGAUGAAGUCACAAAAAUAGCAUGGGUUUGCAGUCAAGGCAUCUGAGUUCACUGCUGAGUUUGAUCGGCUUUGGAACUCUUUUCAGCCAUAUCACUAGGGCUAAAGUUGUCCGGCGACACGAGAUUGGUUAAUUUGCGAAAAUCAUGCAAAGUGUGGAAAA